GGUCAUGGAGGAUGGGCAAAAUGCAAUCAAGAUACUUGCAAGAGAUGAAGCUUUCUAUUUCAAGAACAAUGUUGGAGCCACAGAAGAUCAAAAGUGUGAUUGGCUGUCCUGUGAAUCUGAACGGGUAUCGAAAGAUCUAGAUCAGCUCACUCUGGACCCCCACCAAUUGAAAUAUCUGAAAGGUUGUGCAUUGAAUGUUGGAAAUAAGUAUAACCUUAAAGCUGAAGAAAUACUUAUUGAUGCUGCAAAAAUGAAUCCUACUAUGUUUGAAAUAUGGAAUGAAUUAGGGGAUUGCAUCUGGAAGAAAGGAGACAAAAAAGGAGCUCGUAAUUGUUUUGAAAGGGCUCUUAAUCAGGAAAGAAACAAGGUUUCUCUGCGAAAUCUAUCUAUUGUGAUGAGGCAGCAAGAGUCUGUAACAAAUGCAGAAAUUGAGGAGAGCGUGAAAAUAAGCAAAGAAGCAGUAUCCUUGGACGUCACUGAUGGAACUUCCUGGUAUAUACUUGGCAAUGCAUACCUUGCUCAAUUUUUCUUAUGCGGACAAGCCUCAAAUGAUUUAAAAUGUUCAUUGAAUGCUUACAGUAAAGCCAGUGCUGACGAAAAAGUAUUGUCUGAUCCAGAUUACCACUACAACAAGGGCAUAGUCUUCAAAUAUUUGGAUGAUUACAACAAUGCUAUUGCUCACUUUACUGAUGCUAUAAGUAUCCACCCUCAGUUUUCUGAGUGCCUCAGCGAGCUUAAUGAUCUCAAAGAUCAGAUCUUAAAGACCAGACAACUUAUUAAAAACAAAGGAAAGCUUAAAGGGAAAAAUAUUGCUGUGAUGCUGAGAAAAUUAAAGGAAAAGAGCUUGAGCCAGAAGCCUACUAAAGUUUCAAUGACAACCUUUGAUAAACUUAAUGCUGGUACAAAUGAAGACAAAGCAAUCAACUGCAUUUUAAUAAGCAGUUUUGUCCCAAAUGGAAGAACACCUUUUGUUUGUAUUUGUCUUGACACUGAAAGUAACUGCUUUGCAUUGAACAUUUAUAAUAUUGAUUGUGGAAAAGCACCUAAGCUGGGAGAUGUCAUGACUGUUCCUUAUCCCCAAAAAUCUGCAGUUAAUAUUGUGAUUGACAAUGAGUUGAAUGAUUUUGAGAUGUUACGGAUUGAUACUCCUUUGAACAUGAUGAUCAAUAACAGGCAACUACCGCGGGAAACUUUAGCUCCUCUCAAGUUAACUACAACAGCAUUAACGUGAAUUGAUGAUAAUCGUAGUUAUUUCAACUGUUAAUAAUUUCUAAAUAGCAUAGGUAUUCUUAUUAAUUGUUAUUUAGAGUGAGCAUACCUAGUACUGUUAUGUAAAUUUCCAGAGUAAAUUAUUGUUUAUAAUAAUUAUUUGAAGUUCUGCAUUCUUUCAGUUGUUUAGAAAAACAGCAUUAUAUCUUUAUCUUCUCAAUAUGGCAUAAAAACUAGCAGAGUUGGUUCAUAAAUCAGGGGUCUCAGACUCAUGAACAUUCUGUCAGUAAUCCAAUUACAAUAAAUAAUCGAUCUGUAAAAUAUGAUGCUGUCGGAUAUCCAGUGUUUUUAGUCUAAUAAUUAUUUUUAAAUAUUUUAUGGGCUUGACUAUGGUUUGUGAGGUGUUCAAGCAACUUAUAGUGCUUGCUUUUUUGCAUGAGAAAGGGAUUUAAAAUCAGUCAAUUUGCAGUGAAUCGACAAAUAUGUUUGCUUUGCCUUCUCAGACACCAGUCAAGUGUAUGGAAAUAAAUUGUACCUAUGAGCUUUAUUUUGGUAAAAUAAUGUAUUAUAUUUAUAUAAAAUAUGAUUAUGUCAUAAUAUUUAUGUUAUGUGAUGCUAGAUUGUGUAUUUGUUACAACUUUUUAUUAUGUGCCA